GAUCCGGUUGAAGGGUUUUCGAUAACCCCCGUCUCUUCCAGCAGCGAGCCCUCACGAGGAACUCCAUCGGCGGCGCCGCCGAGCUUGCAUUAUUUCUCCCGCGUUGCCUUCUCCUUCUCCUUCCGUUUCUUUCUCCGUUGGCUAUGGGAAAAUCACACAAGAAGCUGAAGCGUGUUGAUGUGGAGAGUCAACAUAUGGCGGAAGACGAGAGCGAUUCUGAUGGUGGGAUGGGCUUUCCUUCUAAGAGAAUGGAACAACAACUACUGGAUGAGGACGUCAGCGCAUCUGGGGAUGAAAGUCUUUCGGAAGAUGAAUUGCAGGAGGAUGAGGAUGGUUAUGAAACAAGUGAUACAGAACAAGAUGGGAGGCAAAUAGACGAAGAGAUGGAUGGACUUGAGGAUGAAAAUGAAGCAAGUGUUGCAGAACAAAAUGAGAGGCAAAUAGAUGAAGAAAUGGAUGAACUUGAGAAGCAAUAUCAAAAUAUUCGCAGCGAGGAACAGAUUCUUUUGAAGAACUUGAAACGACAGAAGGAUGAAGAUGCUGUAAAAGGUCAUGCAGUAAAGAACCAGAAGGUACUAUGGGACAAGACUUUGGAGUUGAGAUUCUUACUGCAAAAAACAUUUUCAAACACAAACAAGCUUCCACAGGAACCUGUAAGGUCCUUAUUCUGCAAUUCAGCUGAAGAUGUUGAUCAAGCAUAUUCCGACCUUGUGCUUUCUUCAAAACAAACAUUGAGUAGCAUAUUGGAGUUGCAGGAGGCUUUGCUCGAGAAAAACCCUUUUAUACUUCAGAGUCUAACUGGAAAUAAAAAAGAAUAUUCUAAGAAUGAGGAUUCUUUUAACAAGUUGAAGGAAGAUAAUGACGAAGAAUGGUCACAAAUAAGUAAUAUGCAUUCGAGAAUAACACCAUUCAGGAACAGCUCGAUAGACAAAUGGCAUAGAAAGACACAAGUCAUAAGUGGUGCAGUUGCUUUUAAAGGCAAAAUGCAGGCGUUUAAUCAGAACAUUAGUGAACAAGUAAAUGGUUACAUGAGAGAUCCAAGCAGAAUGAUUAGGAGGAUGCAGCUAAGGAGAUCUUCUGUUGGUGUAUUUGGAGAAAUUCCUGAAUUGACAGAAACAGAAAAUCUCAAGGAAGAGGCAAAUGCUUUGGAUGAAUAUGUCGAUGGUGACCCAGAGCUACUUGAGGAUUCUGAAUUUUACUCGCAGCUUCUCAAGGAGUUCUUGGAAUCUAAUCUUCAGUCAUCUGAGACACUUUACUAUUCUCUGAAAAAGCUGCAGCCCAAAAAACGCAAGACAGUCGACCGACGAGCUUCUAAAAGCCGCAAAAUAAGAUACCAUGUACAUGAAAAGAUUGUCAAUUUCAUGGCUCCAUUGCCAAUGCAGCUUCCUUCUAUGGCCCCAAAAUUAUUCGAAAACUUGUUCGGUGCUAAAAAGCCUGAAACCAAACUCUGAUGUCUAAUCUGUUCUUCGGGGCCAUCGGGCGCCUUAAGUUGUAAAAUCGAUUCAAAUGAAGUUUCUGCGCAGAGCUGAAUGUGUUAUAGGCUAAAUUUUGUAUUUUGUUUUGCAUUUUUUUUUGGAAACUAUGAAAAGUUGUGGCCUAAUUUAUUGGCUAGUUCAUGUUUUGCCUUCUACAUUGGCAUAUAUUAAUUCUAGAUUUCUGUGCCUUUUAUUUGUGAUGUUUGUGAAGAGGUUAUUUAUGAAUAGAUGAAUUAAAUGAAUA